GCCCUAUUCCGUACGAGACUCUGUACAGUAUUGACCUUCGCGCUUGUCUCUUGAUCCAGGAAAAUCUGCAGGCGUCCUGCUUCCUCGCACGCCCAACUGUCAAUGCUUUCCAUUCCGUUCCACCACAGUUCUUUUCCCACACAGAUUUCCCACACAGGCAACCUUGAUCGCAAACCUUCCCGUCCGCAAACCCGCCCUCUAUCUCUCAGGCACAAUUGCCUAGGGCUGCGUGUGCUUGAGGGCACGCUUGGACCUGCGCCGUCAUGACCUGCGCCCACGGCGUGGCUCCCAUCCUGCUCCCUCUCACGAAUGUCUCAAUCUCGAGCAAUGGCUACACACAAACCAGAGGCAUUCAGACCGGUAUUGGGUCCCCGAGUCAGGUUUUCGCCCUGUGGCCCGAUACCAUUCUCAACAACAUGCUCGUCUCGAACUCGGUAGGUUGCAGCUCUGCGACGAAUUACACCUGCUAUGGUAUGAAUGGCGGCUCUUUCAACACGGACAAGUCCAGCACCUACAAUAUGAUGACGCUUGCACAGUGGAAUGGGAGUCACGAUGAGCUUGAGGAAGCAAGGCUGGAUUCUUCGUUUAUUUAUUUCCAGGACAGCGUACGGCUGUCCGACAAUAGUCUACUGCCGGGCUUUCCAAUAGCGAUGACACCUCCAAAUUAUCCUACCCAGGGCGUGAUUGGUCUUGCCCCAGACUCGCCAUUCCUUGCGACUCUAUCCGAUCAGAAUAUUGCACCAUCGCGAGCAUGGGGCUACUGGGCCGGCAGUGUGUCAUUGCUGGAACCACGAGACGGUCUUCUAGUCAUCGGGGGUUACGAUCACGCCCGCAUAGCUAAAGGCGCGAAGUUCACAAAUUUCACCUCGGAUCCAGGCUAUUUGGGCGACAUGACUGUGCAAGUCACAAACAUGACAUAUGACGCCGGCAACGGACCCGUCAGUCUUUUCAAGUCGUCGUCACAGGCAUUCACCGCUAUCCUCAACAGUGCAUCUGGAUCAAACUCUUUGCCGGAGGAGGUCUUUUAUAAGUUUGGCAACAUCACCGACGCAAAUAUCAACGAGGGUACCGAUGUGCUCUCCUGGCCCUCAUCUGACCCUCCGAACGGCAAUCUCACAAUAACACUGGACGAUGGCGGAGAUGGAUAUAAAUACGAAGUCCCGUUCUACGAACUCUUCCUCCAACAAAGAAAGUACAACGAUCAAGGCUCGAUGGUGGUCAAAAACGAAAGCUUCACCUUCACAAGCACGGCCAACGCCAAAGUCUUGAGUUCUGGCGUGCCCUGGCUCGGCUUCAGCGUCUUCCAGUCCAAUUACAUGGUCAAUCGAGGCGACGGCACGUUCCAGCUCGCCCCGGUAAAUAGAUCCGACGCAUACCAGAUCAGUUACCCGAACGGCGUCGACAUCCGACCGAUCUGCAACGAGACCGCACUUGCCAAUGCAGGUGGCGGUUCCUCGGGCAGUGGUGGUGGUGGCGGCGGGGGCGGCAGUUCGCUGAGCGGAGGAGCCAUUGCCGGUAUUGUCAUUGGGUGCAUCGCUGGUGUCGCGCUCGUGGCCGGAGCGGUCGCCUUCUGGUUCUUGCGGCGCAGGAGACAACAAAGACAAGCACAGCAGGCUACAUCUGCCGCGGGUGGGGGUGCGUCAGGCGUAGACCCGUCGGGCAAGGCUGAGCUGGAUCCUCAGUCGAGCGUCGCGCCUGCAACUGCAUCUGCAACCGGACCUGCCGCUCCUCCGGUGGAGUUGGCCCACGAAGACGCCAUGAAGGUCGAGUUGCCCGCCGGGUCGACGACGUUGAAGCCCAAGGAAAUGGUACAGAACCCGAGUGAUACCGCCACCGUGAGCACGCUUCCCGAGUAUUCAAGACAGGAGAUGGAGCCGGUCGAGAUGCCGGCGAAUAACCCUUGAGUUUUGCACGACGAGGUGGGUUUAUCUGUCACCGCGUACCACGGCCCUUUUCUUUUUCUUUUUGGGGAUCACCCAUUUAUGUCUCG